AUGGCCAGCGGAACCAUGGCCAGGCAAAGCAUCUUCUCCGGACAAUUCGACGCCUCCACCCUGCAGGCCAGUAGUGCUCCCAACGCUGUGGCCAUGCCCGUUCUACACCAGCGCAAGCUGGACAAGAUGGCCAAAGACCGCGCCGCCGGUGUUUUUGACGUUGGGCGUUAUGAGAAGAUUGGAGCAACCGCGUGCACGGAUGGCAAGGCCGGCGAGUACAAGUGCGGAAACGUCGACCUCAAGGACUUUCUUCGUCACCAAGACACUGGCAGUGAGACCCGUGAGGGAAACGAUAUUUGGGGCUGGACGUCUCCUACCGGACGUGAGAUUGCCCUUCUUGGCCAGUCGGACGGCACUUCAUUCGUAGAGGUGCUCAAGGAUGGAAGCCUCAGGUACCUGGCACGUCUGCCGACCCACACGGAGCCCUCGACUUGGCGAGACAUCAAGGUCAUUGGAGACUUUGCCUACAUCGGCUCCGAGGCUGAAGACCACGGCCUGCAGAUAUUCAACCUGAACAAGGUGCUCGAGGCCGAUCCUGAAGACCCUCCAACCUACAGCUCCAGCGACCUGACGGCGCACUUUGACGGGUUUGGCAGCAGCCACAACAUUGUCGCCAACGAGGAGACAAACUUGAUUGCUGCAGUUGGCACUGACCGGUCACUGGAGUGCCGCGCUGGCCUCUGGAUGAUUGACGUCUCCGACCCAGAGAACCCGGAAGAUGUCGGGUGUGUCUCCGACGAUGGUUAUGUCCACGACGCCCAGUGCGUUAUCUACCAGGGUCCUCACAAGGAAUUCCAGGGCCAGGAGAUUUGUUUCAACUACAACGAAGACUCCCUCACGAUCGUCAACAUUGAUGACCGUGAAAAGCCCAGCCAGAUUUCGCGUACCACGUAUAACGGUGCCACUUACACCCACCAGGGUUGGCUGACUAGUGACCACAAGUACCUCUUGCUUGACGAUGAGCUCGACGAGCAAGAACAGACUGGCCCCGCUGCAGACCAGCAUACUACCACCUACGUAGUCGACGUGAGCAGCCUUACCUCGCCGGUGUUCUGUGGCGUCUAUAAGAGCCCCCAAGUCUCCAUCGACCACAACCAAUACAUCAUUGAUGGCAUUUCCUACCAGGCCAACUACGGCUCCGGCCUCCGUAUGGUUAACGUUUCGUCCAUCGGCAGCGACCCCAGCGGUGCUGGGUUCGAGGAGAUUGGCUUCUUCGAUGUCCGCCCGGAGGAUGACGAUGUCGGUGGGAAGGCAACAUUUCACGGUGCCUGGAGCGUUUACCCGUACUUUGAGUCGGAGUACAUUGUUGUCUCAUCGAUUGAGCGUGGCAUGUACUCGCUCAAGUAUACUGGAUAG